AUGUCAUCUAGACAAGCCAAUCAAGCAAGCAUCCGCAAAGAUACACAAGUCAGACUUGCAGAGCUUAAAGGAGUAGCAUUGAAUUCGAUACCCUAUCCACGUUCUAAUGCUAUUUUAACUCAAUAUCAAGAAGAGAUUAGAAAUCUCGAAAAGAAAGCCAAUUACCAAUCAGAAAUAGAUUCCAUUGACAAGUUAGCUGGGCCAGAAAAAGAUGGAUCAAUUACAUGGUUCUCAAGACGUAUUCCAAAAUUAGCAUCCCAGAAAAAGCUAAAUAAUCAUGAAAUAGAAUAUUGGAAACUUUCUCCUAAUGUCAAUAAAUCACAUAUUACAUAUGAAUAUAUUAAUAAAAUUCGUAAUCUGAUGGAUGAUGAUAAGGAAUAUAUUAUUGGAAUCAUUAAUAGUUGGGAAAUGGAUAGAAUGGAAAGACAAAUACAAUUUGAUAAUAAUAAUAUACCUAUAGAUUUAAAAGAGAAAUGGGUUUCAGAAGAAAAACAUGAAUGGAAAAUAAAAUCAAAGAGCAUGAUUAUCUUGGAAAGAUGA